AUGGAUGAACUUAAAAAAGAUAGUCGUUUUGCUCAUAUUACAAAAGACCCACGUUUUCGACCCGUAGCAAAAAAUGAGACAAAAUUAAAGAUUGAUCGACGCUUUGCAUCGAUGUUUAGUGAUCCAAAGUUUAAAUUAAAAUAUACAGUUGAUAAACGUGGAAGACCUCUUGUUAAAGAACAUACAACACGUGAUGAUAUGAAUAAAUUCUAUCAUCUGGAUGAGGAUGAAAGCAGUUCGACGUCAUCCGAUGAAGAGGAAGAAGAAGAAAAGCCAAGAAAAAAUAAAAAAUCCACAGAUGAUGAACAACUUGAUGAGCUACUCGAAAGUGAUGAUAGUGAUGAUGAAGAAAAAGAAGACAAUGAUAAUGAUGAAGAAGACGAUCAAAAGUCAAGUUCAUCAGAAGAAGAUGAAGAAAUACCUGAAGUUGCUGAUGGUAUCGAAUGGAAUGAAUUUGAUGAUAAAUGCACACGUUCUGAUGAAAUCAGUCAUCGAUUGGCAAUAUGCAAUAUGGACUGGGAUCGUGUACGUGCUAUUGAUAUAUUUACCUUACUGAACUCAUGGAAACCACCAGAGGGUGUGAUUAAGUCAGUUACUAUCUAUCCAUCUGAAUAUGGAUUAAAACAAAUGGAAGUCGAAAAGAAAUUUGGUCCACUGCCUGGAACUGCAAAGCCUGUUAUUACUACAGACAAAAAUGGUACUGAUAGUGGUCAUCAAAGUGAAGCUGAAGAAGAACCUGAUGAACCUGAAUUAAAAUCUGAUGAUGAUGAUGAUGAAGAACCAAAUUAUAAUCAAGAUGACGAUCAAGAUACAACUGAUCCUGUUCUACGUGAACGUUUACGAAAAUAUCAAUUAAAUCGUCUAAAGUAUUACUAUGCUGUUGCCGAAUGUGACAGUGUAGCAACGGCAAGUCGUAUAUAUGAAGAAUGUGAUGGACUUGAAUAUGAAACGAGUGCUGUUCGUCUUGAUUUACGUUUUAUACCUGAUUCAGUUAUAUUUGAUUCUUCGAUCCCAGUGCAAGAUCAAUGUACUCAAUUACCAGAUAAAUCAGUGUAUAAGCCAAUACUUUUUCGUAAUACAGCAUUGACACAGACAAAAGUUCGUUGUACAUGGGAUGAAACACCCAUCGAACGACGUCGAUUAACCAAGAAGAAAUAUACACUUGAAGAAUUGGAACAAGUUAAUUUAGAUACUUAUUUAGCAUCAGAAUCCGAUGACGAGCUCGAAGACAAUGAUGAUAAUGACGUUAAUGAAGGAAGUGACGAUGAAAAUAAAAACGACAAUGGUGUUUUUAAAGUACCAAAUGUUCCAGACAAUUCAAAUAAACAGAAACAAAAUAAACCCGUUAUUCGCGCACCUAGUGUUCUUAGUACUCAAGAUGAUAUUGAUCGUUAUAGAGCUUUACUUUUGGAUUUUGAUGAUAAUCCUAAAGCAGGCAAACAGUCCAAGAAAAAAGUAACAAAUUUCUUCGAUGAACAAAAUAGUGAUGAUGAAGAUUUCAAUCAACGUAAUGGCAGUAAAGAUGAUGAUGAUGACGACGACGACGACAGUGAUAUUGAUAUGGAAAUAACAUGGCAACCAGGUUUAAAAGGUAAAAUAGACGAAAAAUUCAAUAAAAAAGAUCAUAUAAACGUGAACAAGAAGAAUAAAAAGCCAAACAAAUUAAAUCUUGUCAAAGAUCAACUAGAGCAAGAGGAAAUAGCAGAUUCAACUGAAAAUGAUCGUGAAACACUUGAAUUACUUACUUUUGAUGAUGAUAUUGACGAUAAACGUGAUUAUAAUCUUCGUGAUAUGAUCAAAUCACAUAAGCAAACAUUAAAAGCUGCUAAGAAAUCAAAAAAAUCACAAAAAAAUGCAUCCAAUGUUGUCGAAACAAAAACAAACAAUGAUAAUUUUACAUUGAAUCUUGAUGAUAGACGUUUUCAAGCUGUUUAUUCACAACCGGCAUUUAAUAUUGAUCAAACCGAUCCUCAUUUUAAAUCAACACUCGGUACACAGCAGCUUAUUGACGAAAAAUUAAAGAAGAGAAAAUUCAAUAGUAUAACUUCAUCGUCAAGGACUGAACUUGAUGAUGAUGAUAUUGUUGUUAAAUUAAAAAGAAAAUCAGCAAAAAAAGAUUAA